AUGGUUGCUACUACUCUCCCCUCAAACGACUUUCGUGUGAUUAUAGUGGGAGGUGGCAUCAGCGGUCUGGUAACAGCACUCGCGGCCAGCCGAUUCGGCAUUCGUGUUGAUUUAUACGAACGAAAUACUUCUAUUACAGAGUUAGGUGCUGGAGUUGCCAUCGGUCCUAAUGCGGCAGCUCUCCUCGAGAAACUAAAUGUUGGCGAGGUAUUAGAUAACAUUUCUUCUCGCCCAGUGGACCAUGUCAAUCUCAUUUAUAGAUAUCAUGAUACUGGGGAGGUCGGCUACACAGGAAAAUUGAACACUGCUAAACGCAGCUUCUACUGCCACCGCGCUGACUUCGUCCAAACGAUCGCCAGCUGCCUCCCCAGUGACCAGAUCCAUCUAGGUAAAUCCCUCAAAAGUAUUUCUCAGGACCCUCACUCUGUCACGGCCUUCUUCGAAGAUGGUACCUCGGUGACUGCAUCUGCCCUUAUUGGCGCAGACGGAAUCCGCUCAAAGGUGCGCCAAACUUGGAAUCAGGAGAAACCCAUCUUCUCAGGCCAGAUCGUCGUGCGAAGCCUCGUCAACAUGGCAGCUCUCCCACAAGAAGUCCAAAAUUAUUGCAAACACGGUAACGUAUGGGUCGCACCAGGGAAAAAGCACAUCGUGGCGUACCCCAUCCAGCGUGGGAAAACGGUAUGUGUCGGGGCUAUCAUUCCGGCUUUUGGGGGCAAGGAAUGGGAAGAGUCGUGGAAGGCGAGGGAUGAUCAGAUCGAUAUGGAGAACUUUAUGUUCACCAUUGAGGAGUUUCACACGGAUCCCAAAACCAUGUUUCGGCUGGGCGAAAGCACGACGAUUUUUGGGCUGUAUGAACGAGAACCGAUAACGAGCUGGAGGAAUGGAAGGAUAGUGCUUAUUGGGGAUGCAGCACAUGCUAUGUUGCCCCAUCAAGGACAAGGUGGCUCGCAAGCAGUCGAAGACGCUUAUGUUUUGGGCGUCCUGCUCGCUGCAGCGUCGAACAGCUAUAUGCCAGGCCUGAACAUUACGAACUGGUUUGAUGUUUUCGAGCAGAUCCGCAAGCCUCGUGCCGAGGCAAUAGCCAUUGGGAGUAGAGCAAUGGGUCAAGCAUUCGAUGACCUUCAAUUGAGCGCAGAAGGAGUGGAAUUUCUGCGCAAAAGCUACUCAUGGAUUUUCAUUACUGAGGCCUUGGAUGGGUGUGAAGACCAGAUGAAGAAGUCUUUUGGGCCAAAUUCGGUUGAAUGGGAAAACCUUCAGAAGAUUUUGGAGACGAGUCCAUGUAGGGAGUGGACCGAGGACUUAUCGACAUGGGUGUCAAAUCCCAGUCAGCAAAUGAACAUAUAG